AUGGACACCAACAAGCGAACAAAGCAUGAUAAAGACCUGAUGUUUCAGCUGGGGAAGGCUUGCAUAGCUACGGAUUGGGCUGAGAACCCGGACUGGCGUCGAAUUCUGCAUUAUCUAACUGAAGACCUUCACGUUGCGUCCCAUAAACACUUCGAGGCAUACUUCGUCAAAGUCCAAUCUGGUGCCCGCCAGUCCGCGCCCCCAGCCUCACCUCAUCCAAAGCCCACAUCUGCCCCACCUGCUUCAGAUACAAGGUCCAUACGCCCACCAUCUACUGGGGCUACUGGGUUCCACUCCCGGUCAGGCUCUAUGCAAAGGGCACCGUCCCCGAUCUCAACUAGCGGUGAUCUCUCGGAGGCAGGCUCGCAAUUUGAGAAUUCGGACACCAGCUCUUCAAAGAGCGCGCCAAAUGACGCCAACGAAGUCAAAUACUGGUCCUAUAGUCGUCAAGUAUGGCGUCCUUGCAUCUGUAUUGAAGGUGAUUCUCAUGAGAACUGGAUUUCCAUGCGGAUAGCAGAGCAGACUGGACUUGAAAUCCGACCACACAGUUGCGGAAGGCCUGAGUGUCGAGGCGUACUUCCACUCAUGUGGCAUCCGAGACAUAGCAUCAAGACAGUGGAAGGGGAGUUCCAUGUCACGGUUGAAGAUAACAUGCCUGACCUGGUCGUUGGAAAGGAUAAAAUGGCAGACGCGACGAUGGCGCAGGAGGCUGGUCGAUCUCAAGAAGGUCUCGAGAGACUCCUGCAGCACCAAGGGCUCUCUGGCCGUUCUCGCAGCUGGUCGAGGCCAGCUGACUUGCUUACGCCGAUGGCAACUCCAUCACCAGGUCGAGCAGGGCUCUCCUUGAGUGACACGCCCAGGGACACCCCUUUGUCCUUAAAUGCGGUUUCAAUCCCCACGGUGAUCAAAACGAGCGAGAGCGUUUCUGGCAUAUCAGACACGGGUAGUUCCCGGCCAAAUGGUAAAACAACAGAUUCAACCAAUUAUCCCCCACGGACGAGGCUCUUCUCUCAAGCAACCCAUUCCGUGGUCCAGGGAGCCUCCGCAGAACCACCGUCAGCAGUGCACGAACGAUCAAAGCAAACUGAGAUUGACGCGCGCACCAUCUCUCGAAUUAAGCACUUGAAGGCCGGCGUCAGAUUUCCAGCCAAGAACAUGCUUUGCGUCUAG